AUGCCCCCGACGCCGCGCGAGAUUGAUCUGUGGAACAUGAUUGACCAGUGCGAAGGCGUGAUCGCCAAGCAGAAGGGGCUCAUUAUUGCCAAGACCGAGGAGCUUAGGGUAGUCAAGCAGCGGAUGGAGGAUGGCUGGGCGCUUGUCAAGAAGCUGUCUGCCCGACAGGCCCUCAUCGAGGAGACCCGACCCCGCGAGACGACCGUCAUCGUGGAACUCCGCCAGGAGCUCGCGGUCAAGAAAGGGCAGCUCAUCAUCGCCCAGGGAAAGCUGAGGCACGUGCAGGACGAUACUACUGCGAAGGAGCGGUCCCUCUGCGAACGGGUCGCCCAGCUGGAACAGCAGCUGGCCCGGGAGAGGGAACAGGCGGAGGCCGAUUCCCUGAGUGAGCACCGUUCACUCAGAGCAGAGCUUCAAACUCGGAAGGACCAGCUUGUAACCCUCGAGCACCGCCUGGCCGCUGCAGAGGCCCGAGAACGGCAAUCUCGCGGCCAUAUCGACACCGAACAUCAGAAUCUCGUUAUCCGUAACAACGAGCUCGUCGCCCAAAACCAGGAACUCAUGGCCCAGUGCCAGGCCUCCCAGACUGAGCACGACCGGCUGGAACUGCAGGUCCGUGACUCAUCUGUGGCAAUACAGGAGCGCGAUGCCGCCCUCGGGCGUGUCAUCCUCCUAGAGACCGAGCUCGUGACGACCAAGUCGUCUGCGGAGAGCGUGGUGCGGCAGGCGCAGGAGUCCCUAGCUCACGCAUACAAAGCUGACGUGGCUCUUCGGCAAUCUAUGCCGGACCUCCAGCACACCUGUGACCUGACUCUCGCGCAGGAACGUGCGACCGCCGACCAGGCCCAGAAACGGGCUUCUGACCUUACUGCGGAGGUCAAUGUUCUCCAAGGUAAGAUCGGUAUGGCGAUGAGGGACGCCCAGAGGAGCCACAACCAGGCGGCUGCUGCUGAGAGGACGAUCCAGAUCCUCGAGCACCGCCUGUCCCGUUGGGAAGCUUCGCACAGUUCGCAGGAGAUACCCAAGCGUCCAUCCCGGGACGUGGGGUCGAUCUCUACUGCGCUCGCGCAGAGCCAGGUGACGGUCUCCCAACAGCAGACGGAAAUCAACGACCUCCGCCGCCAGCUCGGCGAAGCCAAGCAAGGGUUUCUGUGGCCCUCCGAGCAGGUGGCCCAGGAGGGCGUUCAGAAGCUGUGGGAGGUUCUGAGUAAUGAGAAAAGAGCGCGGACGGAGGACAAUAUCCGUUGGAGCAGAAAGACGCGCGAGCUGGAGGAUGAGUGCCAAAAGCUCCGCAUCUCGCUGUCCAACGCGGCGGCGUCGACGCCUGUGCGCCGUUAG